GGGUGUAAGGAGGACAAACAAGUGAAACUAUUCUACAGUGUCUGCUUCUAUAUCGUUAAGUCUUAACUGUGUACGGGAUUCAUGCCUAAUUGUUGCUGUUUUUGCAGUGCAGGGAUCCCGCACUACUGGACCACGUGACAUUUGAUUGUACGGCUCGUAUUAACAAACGCACCUUUUCACUUCAUUGACAGAAAUGGCUACCACGGAAGUGGAGCGUAGACGUGGCCAGCUUGCUGCUCUGUCCAUAGCAGCGGUGGUCAUCAUCGUGGGAGUUCCUCUGUGGUGGCGAACAACUGAAACGUACCGCGCCUGGUUGCCUGUCAGUCAGAUACAAGAGUUGGCUAAGCUGCAGCUACAGUUGAGUGCAGAUGUGGAGGUUGUGUUUGCACGUGGAACCGUGACGCCAGAACAGCAGAAGAAGGUCCCACUGACGCAGACACAGGAUGAGGAGCACAUAGUAGAUGAGGACACAGCGUUGAGGUACAGGUAUGAGACACGGUAUCGCACGGCUACAAUCAUGGAGGAGGACGCCCUGAACCAGCCCACUGCUGCAGAGGCAGAUCUCUCUUUGCACACACUCAGUGAGAGUCCGUGUGGUUCUUUGGUUGUGUAUGUGAUCCCAGACUCAUCUUCACUGCUGCCUGAGGAUGUCGACGUGUAUAUCGGUCAGCGACGGACGGCUUUGCUGCGUAUUGGUGCCCAGAUGAGAGUGGGCAAGACGCUAGAGCAAUUGUUGGCUCACCUGGAGCCUCGGAUCAAGCAGGUGCUGCAGGUGAUGUCUUUUAGCCACACCGACAUCACCGCUGCCCUCAGUGACAGAGUCCGUCUCAGCCCCGGCAACAAAGAGAGCAUAGCUGACAGUAUGAGAGCCUUUAAAUCCAGCCCAGGUUAUGAGAUAACAUUCAGUCUGCUGAACCCAGACCCAAAGUCACACCGGCUGCACUGGGACAUAGAGGGUGCUGUGCAGACCUACAUCCAACCUUUGCUUACAAAACUGUCUCCUGUGGCCAACUUUAGCAUGGACUCUCAGACUUUGCACUAUGCUGUGCUCGGUGUCAACCCUCGCUUUGACAGCAGCCGCAACGCCUACACACUCAACGCUGACAGCCUUGCACAUGUCAUCAACCCCGUGGAAGCUAGACUGGGCUCUAAUGCUGCAUCUUCCAACCCGGUGCUGAAUUUUCUGCUGUACGUCCCAGAUGCCCACCGUUCACCCCUUUACAUCCAUGACCACAAGAAACAAGAGGUGGCUUCAAAUGCGUUUCACUCUCCACGUUGGGGUGGAAUCAUGGUCUAUAACGUUGAUGGCUUCUAUGGACCACAGGCUGUGUUCCCUGUUGACAUCAACAUUAAUAUGGCCAAAGUCAUGGGAGUCUUCCUUGCACAGCUACGACUGCUGCUGGGGGUACAGUCAUCUACCCCUCCCCCUGGCUUCCUGGUGGCACAGUGCGGCAGUACAGGAUUGGCUGAUUGGGAGCUAGACCGCCUCAUGUGGAGUCGGAGUGUGGAAAACGUGGCAACAGCAACCACCACCAUCACCUCUCUGGCACAGCUGCUGGACCAGAUAGGCAACAUCGUUAUCAAUGACAAUAUUGCCCAACAGGUGUCCAGUGCCGUCACGUCACUGCAGCUGGCUGUGGCUGAGUUGGAGGCCGGGAACCUCGGCUUUGCUCUGCAGUACAGUAAGGAGGCCAUCUUGGCGUCAGAGAGAGCCUUCUUUGACCCUUCGCUCCUCCACCUCCUCUACUUUCCCGAUGACCAGAAGUUUGCCAUCUACAUACCCCUCUUCCUGCCCAUGUGUGUCCCUAUUCUGCUGUCACUGCUCAAAAUAGUGUCUGAGGCUAGACAGAAACGCAGAGAAAAGCAGGCCAAGAAGGACUGAGAAACACAAGAUGUGACGAAUAUGAGGUCAGAACACAAAUUAUGUUAUGAACAAACUGUUAUGUCAGUGGCCUUGACAUUUAGGUACAAACGUAGGCAUGAAGAAAGGUUCGUUUGCAGCAUUGAGCCGAGGGUUUCACAAAUCGGUCGAGUAUCAUGUUUAUUGUUUCAUGUGAGGAAUUGUGUUUAUUGCAAGAUUUUAAGGAAUGACUGCUGUGACUGUCUAACACUGUACAGUUUAAAGCUUUGAUUGUUAUAAAUAUGUUUUAUAUUUGAAUUCCACUUUCUAAGUUAUUGACAAAUAAAGAAACAAACUCAUAGCUCGUGUGCUAGCUGGUUUUUUGGGAUUUUUUUGACGGUCCUCUUACUAUAAAAUAAGAACACCAGAUUUUAUAUAAAUAUCAGAAAUUUGGGAAAAUAAUAUCAACAAAAAGUCCACUUCCUAGCUUUUUAUAGAGCGUUAAGCAAUUCAGUGAGUAGUUUGUCAUGCUAGACAAACUAAAGCACUGACUGUUUUUUUUAUUCAGUCAGGAUGCAUUUGUGUUGCUUGUGACAUGUCACAGUUCUCAUCUGGGUCACUGAGUGAUCCUGAAUGUGGUACGAGCAAUCUGAUCCCAGUGCGUCAUCAAUGUCGCACUAUAACAAAACAAUCUCACCCAUGGUCCAACUGUUCUGGAGCUCUCUAUCAUAUCACAGGAUCCUCAUCAACAGGAGGAGUUUCCCCAGUUUUAAAAUUGUUUUGUCAUUUUGA